GUUUGGAGUCUACUAAGUUGGCUUGAAUACAUAAGGCUUGGUCUGUCAGAUGCCCAUUUGUGAAAUCCAGAUAGCAUUGGAGCUUCAACAUCAAUUGACAUUAUAUUCUGGACUCGCCAAGUCGCCUAAGCAUCCCGUCUCUGAAAUAUUGAUAUACCACAGAAUUCAAAUCUCUGAUAGCAAUAACAUCAUGGCUGAUUCGUCCCCUCGCCGACGCAUCGUGAUAUCUAAUCUCGAUCUCGACUCAGACAAUGGCAACGACAAGACUGAACCUGGAGUAGAGGUAGUCACCGCUACUUUGGUGACAGAAGACAUGUUCGAUGGCCUUCUGCAGAGAACCAAGAUCGGGACUGUCUCGGCUGUCCCUGCAAGCAACGAAGGAUGUGGCCUGCCGGUCCUUCCUGACGUCCCUGGAAGUGGGAUAGUCUUGCCAGGUGGAGUGAACAUUUACUUCUUGGACUUGGCCCCUGGAUACACUACCCCGAUGCAUCGAACCCCAUCAGUCGACUAUGUUGCUGUCAACCAGGGGACGCCUAUCCUGAUCACGCCGAAGACUGCUUUCAGCGCCAAUGAUGGCAAAGCUGACUACGAAGAAACUGUCGAAAGCCUGCUUCGACCAGGAGAUGUUGCCGUUCAACGGGGGGCAAUGCACGCCUGGGCAAACAGAACCAACGAGUGGGUUCGCAUGAUCGGCAUGGUAGUCGACGCAAAGCCCUCCGAAGUUACGAUAGAUGGAAAGAAAUUGGAGCUUGGCGAAAGAUGGCUUCAGUAAGCACCGACACGCAGAACAGAUGGUUUUGAGAGUAACACUAGUGAAAUCUCUUGGAGCUAUCUGUCGUAGACUGAGUUGACGAUCUUGAGCCAAAGUUUAUAGACAAAGCAAUUGACUCGGAAACUGCUGAUCGAGAUAGCGUCUUAGAUUAUCGGCUUUGAAAAAAAUGAUCACUCAGUGUAUUCAGUCGAUCUAGUAUUUGUUGUUCACUCCAAG